AUGAAACUCAAUAUACAAAACGUUCUGCUCUCUCUUCUCGUCUUCGGAAGCGUCACCACGGCGAAAGAUCCCAAGACGCACCCCGGCUGGAAGAUUCCAGACGAGAACGAAGUCCUCCCCAUUCACGAGCUUCCCGACUGCUACCAAGAGUGCUUCGGAUGGAAUCACAACAAGAUUAUAGGCGUCGGCGACGUUUUCAAAAUGUCUCGCAGGCAGUGGUGCGACGAUGAUUGGGGUACGGUCGGAACAUGGUGGACAUAUCACAUGAACUUCUGCACUGCAGACAGGUGUACUGAUGAGAAGGAUGGGAUCAAGGGAUUCGCGUGGAACUACAAGUUGUGCGGUUUUCUGACGAGAGGCGAAGUUGAUGAAAAAGAUGACUGA